AUGGACUCGACGCUGGCGCCCCGGCCGCGGCCGCGCCCGGCACACACCCAAGGCACCACGCGCUGCGCCUACACGCCCGACGGCGGGCGGCUCGUCACCGUCGGCUCCAACAACACGAUCCGGUUGUACGUCACCGGCUCCGACGGCGAGCCGACCAACAUCGACGACUGCCAGGAGCAGAACGUGGCCGUCGCCGCGAACCGCACCGACUUCGUCGUCGGCUCCGAGGACGGCACCGUCAGCCUCUUUUCGCUCGCAUCCGCCACCUUUGAGCGGUUCCUGCUGCGCACCUCCCUCCCCGUCCGCGACGUCGCCCUGCCCGCCGACGGCAACAACCACUGGUGCGCCGUCGCGAGCGACGAGCUGACGGUCAAGCUCGUCGACACGCGCGACCCGAGCCGCGUCCGGCACCUGCGCGAGCACGGGCGGCCGGCGCGCCACGUCAGCUUCGACCCGCGCGGCGGCCUGCUCGCGCUGUCCGGCACCGACGGCAUCCUCUACGUGUACUCGCUGACCGCCGAGGAGCCGGAGCUGAUCCGCAAGGUGGACGGGGUGAUUGGCGCGCUCGACGCGGACGCCUCGGCGAGCUCCAAGGCCGCGUGGCACCCGGACGGCCGCGCGCUCGCCGUCCCGACCCCGACGCGCGACAUCCAGGUCAUCUCCAGGGGCGACUGGGAGAAGCAGCGGUGCUUCGCCGACGGCCACCUGGGCGAUGUCACCGCGCUGGCAUGGUCGCCCAACGGCGCGCUGCUCGCGUCCGCGGGCAAGGACGGCAAGAUCCUCGUCUGGGAGACCAAGACGCAGAGUGUGCUACAGCGCGCCGACUUUGCCAACGUCGUCGACAUGUGCUGGCACCCGCGCAAGAACAUCCUAUCCUUCACCACGUCCGACGGCGAGGUCUACAUCUACCCGGACUUCCUCGGCGAGGCCUGCGCGCCGCUGCUCAAGCUGCCCCUCCAACCCGCGCCGUUCAUCCACGACCCGCUCUCGGAAAUCUCGGGCAACCGACAGGCACAGCUGCCACCGCCACCCGGCGCGGAAAACGGCGGCCACAAGUCGCAUGACCAACUCCCCACGCGGGGUCGGCGUGACUCCCUCGGCAGCCUGGACUCCUACCUGGGUGGCGGCAACGCCGACGACGACGACUUCGUGGUGGACGACGACAACGCGGGCUACGCGCCGGGUCUGCUCAGCAAACGCGGUCGUGACGCCGACGACGACGGCGGCCGCAGUAGCAAGCGCAGAUACCUCCCCCAAGGGGGGCCCAUCUACCACGAGCCCUUCCAGCCCGGGUCCACGCCGUGGCAGGGCAACCGCCGGUACCUGUGCCUCAACCUCGUCGGCUUCGUGUGGACCGUCGACCAGGACGCGCACUACACCGUCACCGUCGAGUUCUACGACCACGAGCUGCAGCGGGACUUCCACUUCACCGACACCUUCCACUACGACCGGGCGUGCCUCAACGAGCGCGGCGCCCUCUUCGCCUGCCCGCCGCGCGACAACGGCCAGCAGCCCGCGACCCUCUACUACCGCCCGCACGAGAGCUGGACGCAGCGCCUCGACUGGCGCAUCGAGCUGCCCCGCGGUGAGGCCGUCACCGCCAUGUCGCUCAGCGAGUCCUUCAUCACCGUUACCACAGACGCCGGCUACGUGCGCGUGUACACGCUCUUCGGAGUGCCUUGUCGCGUCUACCGCUCCAAGAGCACGCCGAUGGUAACGUGCGCUAGCUGGCGCGACUACGUCCUGACCGUAGGCAACGGGCCGCUUGGGCCGGACGGCUCGGCCCGGCUGCUCUACACUAUUGAGAAUGUCAAGCGUGAUGAGAUUUGUCAGAACGAGGACACGCUUGCCCUGCCGCCAGGAGCGACACUCAAGAGCGUAUUCUUCUCUGACAAUGGUGAUCCCUGUAUAUAUGACUCGACAGGCACAUUGCUGACCCUGUUGCACUGGCGCCAGCCCUCACGCGCCUGCUGGGUACCGCUUCUUGACACCAAGCUUCUACCACGUCUCGCAUCCGGCCGCAAGCAUGAGACGUAUUUCCCCAUUGCCGUGGCCGACGACAAAUUCCACUGCAUCAUCCUCAAGGGUGGCGACAAGUACCCCUACUUUCCCCGCCCUCUGCUCUCCGAGUUUGACUUUUCCAUUCCCCUGUCAGCACCCAAGGUCAAGGAGCCCAAGCCGAAGAAAACGAAGCAACCUCGCGCGGACGGCGAAGAUCUCGGCAGCGACGUGGACGAAGACGAGGAAAUGCAGGAGGACGACGACGACGACGAUGAUGAUGACGAGGUUGAAGAGCUAUCGGAGACUACGAAGCUCGAGCAGACAUUUAUGCUCAAGGGCGUGCAAGCCGCGCAGACGCGGGACCUGUUCGACGCGACGAGUGGCGGUCACGCGCAGCGCAGCCUGCUGGCGCGGCUGGAGCUCGAGAUCGACAAGACACUGCUGCAGUUGCUCGCCGUGGAGUGCCGCGAGGGUGAAGAGCGCGGGAUGCGAGCGCUGGAGAUGGUGCAGCUGAUGCGAGACCGCACCGGGCGCAUGAUGGAGGCGGCCAGCAAGGUGGCGGAGCGGUACGGGCGCACAAUCCUCGGAGACAAGAUUCGCGAGGUGGGCGAGAAGAGGGCGUCCGGAGAAGACGACGACUUCUGA